AUUCCAGAGGAAGAUGUUGCGUCACAAAUGUUUUUUCUUUGUUUUUGUGCAGUUUGUCAUGUCUGGAACGGCGCGCGGCUCCUCCUGAGGAGCUGCAGGAGGACGCAGGCGGAGCGGAGGUGUCCGCCCCUCUCUGAGAAGUAAAGAGUUAACGGAGCGGCGGUGGGCUUGCCCAUUCUCCGCUGUGAGUGACGCGAUCAUCUCUAUUAUCCCUCAACUUUGCCUGUUGCCAGACCAGGCAGCAGAGGUGGACGCGGGCUGUGCGCGCCGCCGCUCUCUGCGCCAUCCGGCCGGUCCUCUUUGUUUCUGACUUUUGCGCGCAGGCGGCUUUUUUUCUUUCUUUUUCCCGGCGAUGGUUUGUAGUUUUCUUCUCCGUCGGACCCCCCGAUGCUGCGCAGUCUACUCCACGAAGGCGUAAAUCUCUCUUGAGGAGAGGUGGAUCUUCCCGGAUACGGAGGAGGGGGGGCGAGCUGCAUGAAAGCCUGAGAAAAGCCGCCGACAGAAGGAGUCUGUGACGGAACCCUCGCUCCUGAAAUGCCUCGGAGGAAGCAGGAGGCGCCGAAGCGCGCGGCAGCUUAUUCUCCCGAGGAGCUGACGGAGCACAACGCCGAGGAAGCGGAAGGAAGAGUGCUACCCUCAGUCCCUCAGGAUGACCUUCCCAUGAAAGAUGAGUACGCGGAGCAAAACAUUCAGACUGCCAAGGAGAAGCAAUGCGACCAGGAAUCGGCCGAGGCCACAGAGCUCUCUGGACACGAGGUGGACAGCGAGUCGCAUGCAAGCGAGGCGAGUGAGCGCCUCUCGGACUCGGAGAGCCCCUCCGGGAAAGCUGAGGCCAACUUCUCUCUGAACACUGACUCCCAAACUUCCUCUUUAGGCACGGACACCUUAGAGCAAAUGAAGGCUAUCUACUCCAGCUUCCUAACCAGUCCCUUGUGGUCCCCUCUGAACUUAAACUCCGCCCCCACACAGGUGCAGCCGUCUACAGAGAAGCCUGCUCGCAGCAGCAGCACCAGCAGCAGCAGCAGCUGCAGCAGCGGUAGCUACGACUGGCACCAGUCGGCAGUGGCAAAGACACUACAGCAGCAGCCUCCUCCUCAGAACCGUCAGCAGGCUCCGUCUGAGCCCAGCCUCUUCAGCACCGUCCAGCUCCACAGGCAAAACCCGCGGCUGUUCGGCUCCAUCUUCACCGGGGCCAGCAAGUUCCGCUGUAAGGGCUGCAGCGCAGCCUACGACACUCUGGUGGAGCUGACAGUGCACAUGAACGACACGGGCCACUACCGCGAUGACAACCAGGACAAGGCGGGCAGUGGCGCAAAGCGCUGGUCCAAACCACGCAAGCGGUCCCUGCUGGAAAUGGAGGGCAAGGAAGAUGCCCAAAAAGUCCUGAAGUGCAUGUACUGCGGUCACUCCUUUGAGUCCCUGCAGGACCUCAGCGUCCACAUGAUCAAGACCAAACACUACCAGAAAGUGCCUUUGAAGGAGCCCAUGGCUCCCGUGGCAGCCAAAAUCAUGUCCUCCAAGAAAAGAGGCUUUGUAGGUUUAGACCUCACCUCUGCCCACCGAUCCAGAGAGGGGACCCCCAAGUCAAAAGCAGACCCCAGUGAGCCCUCCCAGAAAGCCCCCUCCGGCCCUCAGAGCACUUCCAAUCACCGCUACGGUCACCAAAACGGUGCCAGCUAUACGUGGCAGUUUGAGUCCAAUAAAUUGCAAAUCCUGAAGUGUAUAGAGUGUGGCAACUCUUACAACACCCUGCAGGAGCUGAGGACCCACAUGAUGGUGACGGGGCACUUCCUGCGGGUCAACAGCUCCGUGGUGAAGAGAAUCAAAACGUUUCCAGAGGCCACGUCUCCCAACCCGGUGAGGGUGACCACCCCGCCAGAACAAAAGGUCCAGUCCGUGCCGCUUGCUCCCUCCGCCUUCUCUUCGCAACCCCUUCAGACCACCUCCCCGGCCCCCUCCCUCCCUCUCAAAAAGAUCAAGAAAGAAGAGGUUGAAGAGGAGUGCACUAAACAGGAGGCUGUCGAGACGGAGAAGUUAGUCCCGGUGUCUGUGAGCAAGGAGGAGGAUGCUGAGAAGGAGGAAAAAUAUGACAUUUCAAAGUACAACUAUCUCACAGAGGAGGACCUGAAGGAGAGCCCUAAGGGGGGGCUAGAUAUUCUCAAAUCACUUGAAAACACUGUGACAUCAGCCAUCAACAAGGCACAGAGUGGGAAUCCAAGCUGGGGGGGCUAUCAGAGCAUCCAUGCUGCCUACCAGUUCCCCAACGCCCUCAAGGCCCAACAAGGCAGCAUGGAGAAGAACUCCCAAGUGAAGUUCUUCCUCAACGGAGGAGAAGGAGUGUUGUCGUCCUACGCCAAGAACCAGCCCCUUGUCUCCCCAUUACUGAGUCCGCCCUCCUCGUUUUCCACCAACAACUUCCAAGCUAUGGAGGAUUUGGUGCGGAAGGUGACGGAGAAGGUCGCGAAAAUAGAGCAAAGGGUUAAGCAGCUUUCUCCGAAGAGGGAGAACCAACCGUCUCCAUGCAGUAGCGAGGCCGGAGAGGUUGACUCACCUCGGGAAUGGAGGGACGUCACACCAGCCAACAGUGACAGGGGGAGCCAUAGCAACAGAGCAUCUCCGGCAACGGAGCCCAAGAGGGACCCAGCAGCCAGCUCGCCUCUUGCCUCCACGCUAAGAUGCAGCACUGCCAUCAUCACCGCUCACGCCGCUCCGGAGCAGCCCUUCGUUAACCCACUAAGUGCUCUUCAGUCAGUAAUGAACAUACACUUGGGAAAAGCAGCCAAGCCCUCUUUGCCAAACCAGGAUCCCCUGAGUCUGCUCUCCAGACUCAGCCAGAGCAUGACGGAGAAGGCUGCUGUGGCCACUCCUCCGUCGCAGACCAAAAAGCCAGACGGCGUUGCCCACAACAGUUUGUGUCAGCCCGGUGACGACCAGCCAAUGGACCUGACGAAGAGCAAGAACGAUAAAGGAAGCUCUGUCGCCUCGGCCCCCCUGACGCCCUCGUCCACAGCCUCCUCCGUCUCCCCCAUUUCGCUCGUUACCCCUGCAAAGCUAACAGUGGUCUCCCCCUACACCUCCAGCAGCCCCCUCCAUGAAAACGCCCUGUCAGACAUCUCCGACAUGCUCAGAAACCUGACCCAGUCCCACCCCAUAGCCAAGCCUCCUCCUCGGCCCCGGGCCGCCGACCGGACAGAAGUCGUAGGGUCCACGCGUGAAGAGGACGACACAUCCCUGCACGGCCAUAAACGCAAGGGCCGCCACUCCAACUGGAACCCGCAGCACCUACUCCUUCUGCAGGCCCAGUUCGCCUCCAGCCUGAGGCAGACGUCAGACGGGAAAUAUAUCAUCAAUGACCUCAGCCCGCAAGAACGGAUGCACAUAUCUCGCUUCACCGGACUCUCCAUGACCACCAUCAGCCACUGGCUGGCCAACGUCAAGUACCAGCUGAGGAGAACAGGUCGAACAAAGUUCCUAAAGAACCUGGACUCGGGUCAGCCCACGUUCUUCUGCAGCGACUGUGCCUCGCAGAUACGAACCCCGGCAGCGUACGUGUGUCACCUGGAAGCCCACCUGGGCUUCAGGGUGAAGGAUCUGGCCAAGCUGUCCCCCAAACAGACUUUCAAAGACUCCAACGCCCUCAGCGAGAAGGUCAUUCCGCUGGAGUCCCUACUGUCCCCCCAAUCAGAGGACGACUGCACCGGCUCCGUGUACCGCUGCCAGCUCUGCGUCCGCAAGUUCGCCACCAAGCACGCCAUCAAACUCCACCUCAGCAAGAGCCACGGGAAGUCUCCGGAGGACCACCUGCUGUACGUGUGUGAACUAGACAAACAUUAAGUUCUUCUCAGCUGUCAACAUUCAUCCCAAAAAGACUGUUCAAAAGAGUCUUUGAGUGCGCACAAAGACACCACGAACUACUGUUGUCAGCACAAGCUGUUUACAUCUGUUGGGCCUGAAAGCAUUUCUGAUUUCCAAAAUGUUUCUUUCACUUCAGAGUAUACUGUGUGUCAGUAAGUUUCAGCUGUCGGCGUACACCUCGAGAAACGACAGACGUGAAUCUUUUGACUCGAAGGUCAACUUGAAAUGUAUUAACUUUAUUGUAUUUAUUUUGUACUUUUGUGCAUUUGUUUUUCAGUUGCUGGUAGUCUGCAUGUCUUACAUUUGUACAGUCCUGUUGGGAUUUUAAAAUGCGUGCCCUUUUUAGCAGCCACAUUCAUGGUAAAGUUCAUUUUGAAAGAAGAACCUGCAGAAUUUCAUCUCUCUUUUUUUAUGUUUUUUUUUCUGUACAGCUUUUGCGUUUCCUCACUGAUUGUAAAAAAAAAAAAAAAUCUGCCUUAUUCGUUAUCAUUGAGUAAGGGGCACUUAAAAACCAGGUCUGUGUAAAAAUGUAUAUAUAUAUUGUGUAAGCUUACGAUUUGCUGUCUAAAUUAUGCAUACUUGUUAUAUUUCCUAAUUUAAGAGGACUAUGACUAUCCACUGGUGCAGAGACUUUGAAGAAGAGAAAAAGGACACUGUUUUGCACAAUAGUUUUAUAAAAAGUUAUUUGAUAAGUAAAAAAAGACACAUACAAAUAUGUUAAUGCCUUGUGCUUCUAUGAUUAAAUUGAAUUAAUUCCUGAAAA